UCUCUCUCCGUCUCUCUGUCUCUCUGUCUCUCUGUCUCUGCUCGUAUCCCUCUCCGUCAAACGUUAACCAUGGCUGGUUCAGCGUUGAUUUAGGGUUCCAGAGGUUGCAGUAAUGGCAUCCGAAGAGAUAGAUUUGGUUCCACCGCAGAGGAUGGAAAACGGAUUGAAUUCUCAGAUGGUUUUCCAAGACGAGGCCUUGCAGUUCUCAGGUCGGAAAACCAGAGAAGUAAGCCGUUUUGUGGAUGAAAAGAUGUUUUCGGUUGAGCGAGAGCGGUUUUUCCGGUCGGCACCAGGGGUGGACUUUCGUCCUAGUAUCUUCGAUAGUUCGCCGGGACGGCGGGAGCAACCGGAGAAUCAGAACUGGAAUAAUGGAGAUGGAAGCACUGGAACACCUAGUGUUGAUGGAUCGGAAGGUGAGGAGGAAGAUGAAGAUGAGGACGAGGAUGAUGAUGAAGAUGAGGUUGACGAAGGUGAUGGUGAAGUGGAAGGGUUAGUUGUUGCCGAUAAUGGCAAUAAUAAGAAUAACAAUAGCAGCAGUAGUGUACAUAGUAGUUCGGAGAAAUUACGCAAUGAGAAAGCAAAUUUGCAGAAGCACCAUUCUUCUUUCGGUUCAGGUAGGGGAUUAUUGGUGAAGGACGGAAACGUUGUUCAAUGUGAACAACAGCACCAGCAAGGACGGGUCAACCAAUUUGAGAAUGCAGUCACCAUUGCAGAACCCGAUAUGUAUUACACUCACUUUCUUCAAGGGUCGGAUGGGUCUGUCCUUGCCCAGAAGGAAAUGGGAGGGGAUAAUGGUUGUGGGUUUAGUGGGAGAAAAGAUGGUUCUUUGUCGAGUGAAUCAGGGGAAUCUCUAAGGGCAAUUCUCUCAGAUCCCCUUACUGGGGCUCUCAUGGAUGAUGCAAUGAUAUUGCCUUGUGGACACUCUUUCGGAAGUGGUGGAAUGCAGAAUGUUCUUAGAAUGAAAGCUUGCUAUACGUGUUCACAGCCAGUUUCAGAAGACUCAGUGGCACCAAACCUCUCUCUCCGUUCUGCAGUUCAAGCAUUUCACCGGGAAGAAGAGCUGCUGUCUUACCGUUCAAAGAGAAGAAGGGACAGAUUUGAACAGGAAAAGUGUAGUUAUGGCGAUCCAUUUCCAGUGGACAAUUCAAGGGGUAGAGGUGUUCAAUUUCCAUUUGCUGUCACUGAUCGGGUUAUCAUAAAGGGUAACAAGAGGACACCACAACGCUUUGUUGGACGUGAGGCUGUUGUAACUACACAAUGCUUGAAUGGAUGGUAUGUCGUGAAGACAUUAGACAACGCAGAGAGUGUCAAACUGCAAUACCGUUCUUUGGCCAAGGUUCCAGAUAAUCCAUCUUUGAACACCAUGUCAAGCAAGAUAGCUCCUCCAAACUGGCUCUAGACAUGAUAUUCAAAAUGAAGCAGUUAUGAAGUACCGCUUCUGGGUAUUAAAUUCGACUCUUACACUGAAAAGGUUUCCUGUUUGACCAAUCUGUUAAUUCCUUAAAACCAUUGUUCAGAAAUAUAUUGAUGUAAAUUACAGUAGCCCCAUAGAAAGCUAUUUAGGAGAUUGUAUGCUUGGAUUUUAAUCUAAACUUCCUGUAAUCAUUUUUAUGUAAAAUAUCUCACAUGCUGCAGGUCUUUGUAUGAGUUGAUUUUUCCCC